UGAAUCUUUGCAGCGCGUCACGGGGAAUUUCCCGACGGGAAGCAAGUCAAACUUUAGUACCUAGAAUUUCUAUUGGCGUUUUUGUUUUGUUAUGUUUUUCUAAUGAGGAACCAGUUAAGCAAGUGUGUUCAUGCUGGUGGACAUUUGUACAUUGAUUCCCCCGUGCUUUCCGUGCCUUUGAGCGACAUGACGUCACGACGGCUUGUGACUGCAAUGGCGGCGCCGCGCGUGUCAAUCAAGGCGUCAAUUUGACAUAAAUACUAAGGAGCGAGUGAGGCCACUUCACCUGCAAGCUUUUCAGGCGCCAUGGCAGGAGAUGAGCACUUCCUUCCUGUUGGCGGUCAGAUCCUGGACGCGCUGAUGAUUGACCCUUCGUGGGACGUCCCACAAUUCCCUACGCUGCAGUCCCACCCGGCGUCCUCCAGGAUAGGGGACGGUCCCUUCCUGCAUAUUCUGGAGGAGCCCAAACAGCGAGGCUUUCGCUUUCGUUACGGCUGCGAGGGUCCGUCUCACGGCGGCCUGCCCGGAGCCUCCAGCGAGAAGAACAAGAAGACGUAUCCUACUGUCAAGAUCUGUAACUACCAGGGUCCGGCCCGCGUGGUGGUCCAGCUGGUGACGGCGCUGACGCCUCUUCCCCGAUUGCACGCACACAGUCUGGUGGGAAAGCAGUGUGACAAGGGCAUCUGCAUCCUGGACGUGCCCCCAAAAGAUGACAGCAUCACCUUCCCCAAUUUGGGAAUCCAGCACGUGACAAAGAAAAACGUGGCCAAGACGUUAGAGGAGCGCAUGUGCGAGGCUGUCCGCAUGGGCUACAACUUCGGAGUCUCCAUUCACCCUGAGGUCGACACCCCGCGUGCCGACAUUAACGUGCCCCGACAGCUCUCCGAGCAGCAGCGCGGCGCCAUUUGCGGCGCGUCGUGUGCGCAGGCCAAAGAGAUGGACCUCAGCGUGGUGCGCCUCAUGUUCACCGCUUUUCUCCCCGACAGCGAUGGCGGCUUCACCAGACCGCUGCACCCUGUCCUCUCACACCCCAUCUACGACAGCAAGGCUCCAAACGCGUCCAACCUCAAGAUCGUGCGGAUGGACCGGACGGCUGGCUGCGUGAGCGGCGGAGAGGAAGUCUACCUUCUGUGUGACAAAGUCCAGAAAGACGACAUCCAGGUGCGCUUCUUCGAGGAAGACGACUCGGGUGUCACCUGGGAAGCUUUGGGAGAUUUCUCCCCAACGGACGUGCACAGACAGUUUGCCAUCGUGUUUAAGACGCCCAAGUACCAUGACCAGAACCUGCAGAAGCCCACCCAGGUCUUUGUGCAGCUCAAGAGAAAGUCGGACAGCGAGACGAGCGAGCCCAAGCCCUUCACGUACCACCCUCAGAUUCUCGACAAAGAGGAAGUGCAGAGGAAGCGUCAGAAGACGUUGCCCAACUUCCAGGACUUCAGCGGUCUCGGCGGCGGAGGAGGCGGCGGCGGCGGCGGCGGUCUGUACCGAGGAGGCCCGGGAGCAGGCGGGGAACCGGGCUCUGCAGGAGGAGGUUACUUCCAUGGUUUGUCCGCCUUCAACUAUGGGAGAGGAGCUGGAGGCGGAGCUUGUCCCACAGGAUACGCGACGGGUCUAGAAGGAGGUGGAGUCAAACACGAAAAUACUCCUGGCUAUGACGACGACACAGACUCGGAUUCCGAUGACGACUCAGCAGCGUGCACUGUGGCGCUUCCGCCACGGCAACAGGAUGUUCAGCAAGAAGACGAGGACGAGGAUAUCGAUAGGCAAGCGUCAGCCGUCUUCCUGUACGCUGCCACGGGCGAUGCCGCGUACCUGCUUGCUGGGCAGCAUCCCCUGUUGGCGGCGCAGGACGACGAGGGAGACACGGGACUCCAUCUGGCCGUCCUCCACGGCCAGCAGGGGGCGUUGGACAGUCUGACGCGGGUGCUGGCAGUGCGGCCGCCCGGGGACCGAAUUGUCGACAUGAGAAACCAUCUCUACCAGACUCCUCUGCACCUGGCGGUGACAACGCAGCAGCCAUCCGCAGCGCAGGCGCUGCUGGCGGCCGGGGCUGACCCCACGCUGGGUGAUCGCCACGGCGACACGCCGCUGCACCUGGCGGCGCGACAGGGGGGGGCCAUGGUGCGCUUGCUCUUAGGUCAUCACGCUGUCAGAUGGAGCGUAGAUACUUGCAACGCUGCCGGCUUGUGUGCCAUCCACUUGUCUGUGGCCUCCAAUCAGCUGCGAUCGCUUCGGGAGCUCUUGGAGGGGGGUGCCGACGUGGAGGCUCAGGAGCGGAGCAGCGGGAGGACGGCCCUGCAUCUCGCCACCGAAGCCGACAACGUGUCGCUCGCCGGCUGCCUGCUGCUGGAGGGCAACGCCAAGGUGGACUGUUGCACCUUUGACGGUUCCACCCCCCUGCACGUGGCCGCCGGGCGGGGUUCCGUCAAACUGACGGCGCUACUCAUGGCGGCAGGUGCGGACCCUCACAGGGAGAAUCUGGAGCCACUUUUCUACAAGGAUGAUGACGACGACGAUGACGAGGGCUGCGUUCCCGGCACCAGCCCCAUUAACUUGGCUGCCUCUGAGCAGGUGUUGGAGCUUCUCAGUGGUAGCGAAUACCGUCCCAAAUGUCCCAGUGUGGUUCUCCCGCCUCAGGGCGACCUUCAGAGUCUGGAUGCCUCGGUGAAAACGAGGCUGUGUAACGCCGUGAUGAGCGAAGCGCUCUGGGAGAGGCUGGCCGACGCUCUCGGGCUGGGAAUACUCAAGGCCGCCUUCAGACUUAGCUCGGACCCGGUCAAGACGCUCGUCGAUUCCUACGAGGUGUCUGGCGGUACUGUGCGAGACCUUGAGGCUGCUCUCAGAUCAGUUGGUUCAGGCAAAGCACUGAGCGUCCUGGAGGAGGCGCUGUGUUACCAAGAUGACAAGCGUGACCCGACAACGGGUGGCGAUGACAUGAUGUGCGCUCAGCUGGAGAACCUCAAGGUGGACGGCGUGUGCGAUAGCGGGGUGGAGCUUUCUGUGGCGUGAGUGUUAGAUUGGUUGCCAGAAGACUGGCAGAUGCUCACAGACCCUGACCUCUGUCAACCCCCCCCCACCCCCUAACUGCAAAGACCAAUCUUGGGGCAGGAAGUAAAACUUGCUCGAGAAGUCAAAGCGCACACACACAUAUACACUCCACUCCGGGAGCAGUCAACAUGUUCUGAGUUGUGGACAACUUUGGAUUGGACAGCUACGCACACAUCACGUAGGAACUUUUCUCUUCCGCACGCCUGAACAGGAAGUCACCUGGCACACUCCUUCAAAUGCAAACUCCAUCCGUCACACGCUCGGAAAGUGAAGCUCUCAGUGCUCCAUCACGAAAAAUAUGUACAUAAAAUGCUCCUGAAACAUGGUGGGAUCUUCAUCCAACGCACAACAGUCGACAUACAUGACCUGACUGGUGUCCUUCAGGUGGUUUCCUCUUACCUCGGCCAGCUUCUGUCAGGCUUUGUAGGAUGAACACAUUCUCAAGUUUUCCUGCAAAGUGCCUCAAACUUUUUUUUUUUGUGUCAGUGCAUCCAGGCCCAGAGGAAGCAAAAGUGCCCUGAACUAUGAUUCGUCCUCCACCACUGGGUUUGGGAGGUUUCUUUUCCAAAUGUGUUGCUAGUUACUGAUUGAAGAUUUAUAGUUGGUAAUCCAAAUACCAUAAAAGUAACAAUUUGCAGUUA